CGUUCAGAACGUUUUUUCUGUGAUGUUGAGGAUAUUAUUAGUCCCGUAAAUUCUUUAAAAAGCUUUAAUUUAAUAGGAACAGUUACAUAGUAAUAUAAACAGAACGCGAUUACAGCAGUAUAUAUUAAUUUGUUUUGUUUUUUAAAUAAAAGUAGUUUGGCUCAUAAAAUGCGACUUUCGAGACCUAGUGUUGAAUGAAAAUGAUAUUUUUUCUGUCAAUAUCGAUGUCGCUGGUUAGCUGUGCAGUGUUGUCCUCUCCAGCAUUCCGCAUUUUGGAUGAGAAAUGUAUAUGGACCGUCGGUGGCGGCAACUUUACCUAUGCGAACAGGACAUGUCGAACUGACGGCGGCGCCAUAUUUACGUUCAGUGACAUUGUAUCUGCCAUUGAAACGCUGCGUGUGUUAAACAUAUCACAAGCGACCACAGUGUUCAUCGGCGCAAUUGUGAUUCACGUAAAUCAAAGUUCUCGCUACUUUGAUUGGCUCUCUCGUCCAGGAACUUGGCGCGAAUCGCUGAACGAGCGCGUUGUUGACGUGAACGACACUAUCAACGAUGAUAAACGCUGUAUUACGCUGAAACAUGGUUCGCUCUACCUGGAGGAUUGCAGUACACCAAUGAAUGUAACUGUAUGCGAAAAUGGAUAUAAUAAAGGAUGUGACAGCGAAGUGCAACCGAUUCUCAGCGAGCGGCACGAUCCACCAUCCGACUCUGGUCCUAACGAUGCGCCGAUUGGGACAUCAUACCACUCCACGUAUAUCGUGUCAACUGAAGCUUUCGUCUACUAUGCAUUAGAUCAGAUUGGAAACAUUAACACCGACAAUCUUACUAUUGACAAUGAAACUCAUGCUGCGAAUGCACGUGAAAUGAAUAAUAUUGAUGUAGCGCAAACAGAUAUGUCGGUCAAAGAUUUGAAUUUAAACGAGAACGUCUUGUCUAUAAAUGCAAGUACUUCGCACGUGGCAACAAGAUCGUCGGAAUCGACGGAAAGCGAUGUCAAUGGAACAUUAGCUGACACUAUGACAGAGGAAGACCACAGCAUUCCAACCUUCUCAACAGCUUCUACGUGUUCAAAUGACAAACUGACGUCGUCACUGACGUCGUCAUCAACCUCACCUCCUGUUCAAACAUUACCUUCCGAAUGCCGCGACGGUGACGACAGUAAAAUCUGCAACAGAACAUCACAAAUUGGCUUGUUCAGCAACGAAAUUCUGCAAAACGUCCCAGACGGGGAAAACGGUACGAAAACAAUAGAAUUUUCUGAGCUUUUAAACGAGAUUUUUGAAAAAGCAGAAAAAGGAAACAUUUCAUUGCAGAGGCAAAUGUCGUCAACGGUGGCGACAAACAAGCCACCGCCUCUUCCUUUUCCGGGACUUUUCGUUGGGCAUCCCAUCAGCGCUUUGAUAAACGGCUCUCCGGGGGGCCAGAACAGUUCCGUGCCGAUCACAGAGGUUUCAUUCCACGUUUCCGAAGAGAACGCGGAAGCGGAAAAUGCUCGUUUACGUACAAAUGUUUCUCGGUUACAUUUACCGCUUCUCACGGAAAAUCACGUCAUCAGUUCACCGGAACUGAGCAAUCUGACACGUCUGCUGAAAGCGCUGAAGGACAAACCCCGCGUCAACCAAACAACCAUCGAGGAAUUUGCUGUUACUGUUUCCAACACGGUCGCUAGCAGCAGUGCCUUGGCUGAAUCAAGUCAACUUAAGGGAGAUGCUUUCGUGGACAUAAUGGUCGUUGCAGAACAUCUAGCAGACAAGUUGGAUACCCCUCGGGAUCGCAUUGAUAUCAGCACAAACAGUAUUGACUUUUCCAGCCACGUUGUGAGGUCGUGCGACCAAACGGCUGGACAAGUUGUCACCGUGGUAGACAAACCGGGCUCGGACAUGAAAGCUACAUUUACUGGAUAUAUAUUUAACUAUCUAAAUACCUCAGAUAUUCGAAUAUCAACCGUUACAUAUCACGACGUAAAGUCGUUCGUUAAUGCAACAAAUGCGCACGUAAGCAGUCACGUGAUGGCGGUUACAGUGUACUCAAUUAAUGGAAACAGGACCAAAAAGCGUUCUUUGAAUACAGCUGGUGCGAUCACGUUUGAAAUGAAAACCUUUGUAUCGAAGCAUAAAGAAGAAGCCUCGAGGGAAUGCGUCUUCUGGGAUUUUGCCAAGAGUGCCUGGUCGAGUGCCGAAUGUACGGUGGUGGAUCAGAACGCCUCGCACACCACGUGCACUUGCAAUCAUCUAACCAACUUCGCUGUGCUGGUGAUGUACGUGGAAACCAAGGACAUGUCACUUGGUAACCGCCAUGCGCUGUUUACUCUGACCACGGUCGGCUGCAGCCUCUCUAUUGCCUGUCUACUGAUGACCCUAAUAGCCUACGUGUACUUGAACAUGCUGGGUAACGAGAAGAUCCUGAUACAUUUCAACCUCUCCCUGGCGCUCAUGAUGGGUCAGCUGGUUUUUGUGUCCUCCAGCGACGCACACCGGAACCAGGCGGCGUGUAAGGCGGUGGCGGUGCUGCUCCAUUUCCUGUUCAUGGCCUCAUUCUCCUGGAUGCUCGUGGAGGGCAUCGCGCUCUACCUGUGCUGCACAAAGGGGAUAUUUAACCAUCGGGACAUGCGCGUCAAGUACAUCCUGUUGGGAUGGGGACUUCCUCUUCUGAUUGUGAUCAUCUCGGUUGCCGCCCGUACACCGGAAUACGGAAACGGACCCCAGUAUAGCUGCUGGUUGUCUGUGAAAGAGGGCCUCAUCUGGGCCUUCAUGGGACCAAUGCUGGUCGUCGUGCUGAUGAACAUGUUCGUUCUGGGACUGGUGGUGAAGGUUUUUCUGACAUUGAAGACCAUUUCAGAAAAGACGGAGUUAGCCAGAUUAAGGGGAAGCCUCCGCGCGAUGCUAACGCUGCUGCCCCUGUUGGGCCUCACAUGGAUCCUUGGUCUGCUGGUCCCUAUCAAUGUCGUGUUCCACUACUUCUUCGUGAUCGCUAACACCGUGCAGGGGAUGUGCAUAUUCUUCCUGCACUGCAUCUGCAAUGACGAGAUCCGGAAGAAGUUCCGUGAAAAGCGGCGCCGAUGGUCGACGACUAGGACCUUAUCUGAAGUCGAUAUGGCGUUUCCCGGUCGGCGGAAGUUAGGGAGUAUCGACACGGCGAAAUUCUCAGCUGUGGGAAAUGUUAUGCCAAACACGGCGGAGUGCAUAGUCUCCAAACCUCCUCAAGUCGUCUGGUCAUAAGCAGGAACCGUGAUGCCCCCUACCGGCUCAUGCAGUAGCACGCGACAUUUGUGAUUACUAGCCGUUGGAGAUAACGGGACUUCUCGAGCUACAACCACGAUAUUCUUCGGGAUUUGGCGCUAUAUUCAUAAACACUAUUUGAAGUUAAUGUUGUUCUUUGCGAAUUGUACAGUUUCUUUUCUUUUUUAUCGUGAGAUCUUUGUGAUAUAAUUAGAUGUUAGAGUCAUAUAAUCUCUACAUAGAACUUCUAUAAACUAACAUGAAAACAAAAACAAAACAGCAUAUUAUUUUUAAUUCUUACUGAAAUACAUACCUUUUGGUUAUAAAUCGAUGGCGAAAUCAAGGCAACUGGCAGACAAAACAGCCAGAGUAUUCAACAGACAAGUGUCGAAAUGAGUGGUUUCUUAUAAGGCUUAAACACAACCGAAUGUUUGGUUGUAUUUUUUCUCUCUUUCCACCGGUACAUAUUAAAACGUCGCAGACAAAUCAGAAGUUUCAAAGAACUCAAGCGAAGUACCACAUUGCUAACCCUCACUUUUUCGAUAUAAUACAUUAUUUAUUGUUUUGAUGUGUGCAUAUAUUUAAUCACAAUUA